AUGAAUUUUAGAAAACAUGAAAAUACCGCCGAUUUAAUAGAUAGUAUAAUAAAUAGUGAAAAUGGAAAAGUUCAAAAAUAUGUUUUAGAAAGAAAAAGAAAAGAGAAAGAAUUUAUAGAAAAAAAAGAAAAUAUAAAAAAGCAAGCUUUAAAGGCACCAAAACUAAACCAGAUGUUUGUUAUUAAUAAAAACGAUGAUGAUAAAUUAAUUAGCGAAACAAUAGGUCUUAGAACAGUUCAUGAAUAUAAAAAAAUAAAGGAUGAAAUAUAUAGUAAAAAAAGGAAUGAGGAUUUAAAUGAAAAUAUUGAAGAAAAUAAACAUAACAAAAAUAGAAAAUUUAAUUUAUC